UCCCGGAAGUCGGCCAUGGCGGCUCUCCGCGAAGCCGCCCUGCGGAAACUGCGGAGAUUUUCCGAACUGAGAGGGAAACCUGUGGCAGCUGGAGAAUUCUGGGACAUAGUUGCCAUAACAGCAGCAGAUGAAGAGCAGGCUCUGGCUUACAAGCAGCAGUUGUCAGAGAAGCUGAAGAGAAAGGAAUUACCCCUUGGCGUUCAAUAUCACGUUUUCGCUGAUCCUGCUGGAACCAAAAUUGGAAAUGGAGGAUCAACACUUUGUUCCCUUCAGUGUCUAGAAAGACUCUAUGGAGAUAAAUGGAAUUCCUUCCUGGUCCUGUUAAUUCACUCUGGUGGCUACAGUCAACGCCUUCCCAAUGCAAGUACUUUAGGAAAAAUCUUCACAGCAUUCCCACUUGGUGAGCCCAUUUAUCAGAUGUUGGAGUUAAAGCUAGCCAUGUACAUGGAUUUCCCCUCACACAUGAGGCCUGGAGUUUUGGUCACCUGUGCAGAUGAUAUUGAAGUAUACAGUGUUGGGGACUCUGAGUACAUUGCAUUUGACCAGCCUGGCUUUACUGCCUUAGCCCAUCCUUCUAGCCUGGCUGUAGGCACCACACAUGGAGUAUUUGUCUUGGACUCUGCCGGUUACUCACAGCAUGGUGACCUCGAGUACAGGCAGUGUCAUCGUUUCCUCCAUAAGCCCAGCGUUGAAAACAUGCAUCGCUUUAACGCUGUGCAUAGGCAAGGAAGCUUUGGUCAGCAGGAUUUGGCUAGGGGUGACACUGCCUGUCUGCCAUUGCACACUGAGUAUGUCUACACAGAUAGCCUAUUUUACAUGGAUCAUAAGUCAGCCAAAAAGCUUCUUGAAUUUUUUGAAAGUGUAGGCCCACUGAACUGUGAAAUAGAUGCCUAUGGCGACUUUCUGCAGGCACUGGGGCCAGGGGCAACUGCAGAGUACACUGAGAACAUGUCACAUGUCACUGAAGAAGAGUCUCAGUUGGUAGACAUGAGGCGGAAAAUAUUCCACCUCCUUAAAGGAACACCACUGAAUGUCAUUGUUCUUAAUAACUCCAGGUUUUAUCACAUUGGAACAACAGAAGAGUACCUGCUUCAUUUCACUUCUGAUAGUAUGUUAAAGUCAGAGCUGGGCUUACAGUCCAUAGCCUUCAGUGUCUUUCCAAAUGUCCCAGGAUGCCUCAGUGAAAGGUCCUGUGUCAUCCAUAGCAUACUGGAUUCAGGGUGCUGUGUGGCCCCUGGUACAGUUGUAGAGUACUGCAGACUGGGGCCUGAGGCAUCCAUUGGGGAAAACUGCAUUAUUAGCAGUUGUGUCAUAGCAAAAGCUGUUCUGCCAGCAUAUUCUUUUGUUUGCUCUUUAAGUGUAAAGAUAAAUGGGCACUUAGAAUAUUCAACCAUGGUGUUUGGCACACAAGACAAUUUGAAAAACAGUGUUAAAACCCUGACAGAUAUAAAGGCACUUCGGUUCUUUGGAGUCUGUUUUCUGUCUUGUUUGGACAUUUGGAACCUUAAGGCCACUGAGGAACUGUUCUCAGGAAAUAAGGCCCACCUGAGCCUGUGGACUGCUCGCAUCUUCCCUGUCUGCCCGUCUCUGAGCGAGUCAGUCACAGCAUCCCUUGGGAUGUUGAGUGCUUUAAGGAGCCGUUCACCAUUCAGCCUGAGCAACUUUAAGCUGCUUUCCAUCCAGGAAAUGCUUGUCUACAAAGAUGUACAAGACAUGCUAGCUUAUAGAGAGAAAAUUUUUCUAGAAAUUAGUUCAAAUAAAAAACAGUCAGUAUUGGAGAAAUCUUAAAACAAUGCAUUUUGCCUGUGAACAAGAUAGCAAAUGCAGGCAUUUUUUUUUUUGACACCUGAUUUUUUUUUUUUUUUGCUUGUUUCAGUAAUUCAAUAUAAUAAAUACUGCAUUUAUAGAACUGGUAUAGCAUGGUAAUGAGAAAGGUACAGGUGAACACUUCUGCAGGAAGAACAGUUCAGGAUUGAAUUCAGAAAAGUGAUGCAGUGUUAGAAGUUUGUACUAUCUGAAUUUUGUUUCUUGGUAACGAUAAUUUGUGGGGUACUGUUUCAUUCACAAAGUAAAUAUUGCUUGUGUGGGGUAUGAUUUUCUAAACACACCUUUAGUUUUUCUACCUUGUUUUGGAAUUUGGUCCAACAAAGUUGUAGGUGUUACUGAUGACAGGAUUACUUUACUUGUCACAGUGAGACAAUACUUAGCACAACAUCAUUACACAUUUUUGAAAGAAACAUGUUAUUUUUUUUUAGAUUUUGUUCUGUUUUGAUUGUAUGUAUGUGAGUGUGUUACCGUCAUGUCUGUAUGUGCACCACAUGCUUGCAGUGCCCGUGAGAGGCUAGGACAGCUAUUUCCAACCUAUGUCUCACAACCCCCUUAGGGGUUGAAACAGUCCUUUUACAGAGGACACCAUCAGAAAACAUAAAUAUUUACAUAAUGAUUUGUAACAAUAGCCAAAUUGCAUCUAUGAAGUAGCAACAAAAAUUAUGGCUAGGGGUCAUCCCAUCAUGAAGAACUUCAUUAGAGGGUAGGAGCAUUAGAAAGGUUGAGAACCUCUGGGCCAGAAGAAGGCAUUGGGCCUCUUGGAACUAGAGUUAUAGGUGGCUAUGACCUCUAUGUUGGUUCUUUGAGUCAAACCGUGGUCCUCUGAAAGUGCUAUAAAAUGAUGUUUGUGCCUCACAGAUCUUGCCAGAAUGAGAUAAGAAGCAUGUGUGUAUUAUUUUAUUCUUAUACACUUUAACAUAUUGCCAUAUUUUAUAAACUAUGCCGCUCUAUUAAACUGAAAAUACAUACACAGAAAUCAGUUGUCUGCUCAGUAGUAGGAACAGUUUAGAACCAGAGCUCUCUUCACCACGGACAUUAGUCCUCUCUCAAGUAAUCCUGCAACAGGACUCUUGCAUUGCCAAUGGGCAUUUUGCUUUACAUCAUUUUGUGUCCACAGUGGGAGUGCUGACAACAAACAGUUGGCCCAAAGAAAGGAAGUUAGAAUAGGAAAUCUGAGAAAAUACUCAGAUCAUACAUAACUUCAAGGAAAUAAAACGUGACUGGAUUUCCAGGUUAUGUGCACCUAGUUUGAAAUAAGCACAUUUGUGAAAUGUCUUUAGAUUGAAGUUUAAUAGAGGCAAGACUUGUCUUUAAAUUACCUUAAGUAAACUGGAAUAACUGCUGUGACAAUUUUAUUUAUGUAUAUAUUUUCAUAAAAAUCUGUCAAAACCCCUCUACUAUCUUAACUUAUAUAUAAAUAUGUAUUUGUCUUUUUGAGGUUUCCAGGGAUAAAGUGUGAUACUGUUUGACAAUUUUAGAUUUACUUACAGAAAUUUCAAUGGAUGUUGAAUGUUAUUAAGUGUUUAAGACUAAUUUUACUUCAAAUCCUGUCAAGGAUCAGAAUUACAAUUUCAUGUUCUAAGAAAAAAAAGCAUCAUUAUUAAUAAAGAGUAGCAUCACUUCCUUGGUUACUUGAA